AUGUCUUCUAACAUAAUCCUCAUUACUGGUGGAAACACUGGGUUGGGGCUGGAAAUUGCCCGCGCUCUGUGUCAGUCAUCUAAGUCCUACAAAAUACUUCUUGCUGGCCGAUCUCUAGAAAAGGCAACAGCUGCGACUGAGAAGUUGGCAUCUAAGCAGCUCAACGGCUCUACCACGGUGGAGCCCAUUCAGCUUGAUGUUGAAGAUGACGAGUCAAUCAAUUCUGCCUUUAAAUUCGUGGAGGAGCAGUUUGGGCGAUUGGAUGUUCUUGUGAAUAACGCAGGUGCAAAUUUUGAUCGUGAGCUGUAUUUGGGAAAGGUUAGCCUACGGGAAGCAUGGAACAAAUCAUGGGCAGUCAAUACGGUCGGGUCGCACGUCGUAUCUUCCGUCUUUACCCCAUUGCUUCUGAAGUCGGCUGAUCCGAGGCUCAUCUUCAUUGCAAGCGGUACUGCAACCCUGCACGGACAGACGAAGGAAGAGCGGAGCGCCAAGACUGGAAUGAACAUGAUGAUGCGCGAAUGGGCACGGGUACUGAAGGAGGACAAGGUGAAAGUGUGCGCAGUAAGCCCAGGUCUGCUGGCUACUGGACUCGGCGGCGAUCAAGAAUUACUGAGGCAGAUGGGAGCCAUAGAUCCACAGAUUGGAGCAGAGCUCGUCACAUCAGUUAUUGAAGGUGAAAGAGAUACGGAUAUGGGUUUAGUUAUCAACAUGGCAGGUGUCCAGCCAUGGUAA